UUUUUCUUCUUCUGCGUCUGCUCGGUUGAUUUGUGGGAAAUCGAGGCGAAGAAACGUCAAAAGCUCGGUACGGGGAAAAUGUAAGCACAAAUUUACGUACCACCCGUGUGUCGUAUGCGUGUGUGUUUUCGUCGGGGGAAAACGCGAAUGUCUCUUUUCCCAACACCGGGGGAAAGUUGUUCCACCCAACGUUUCGUUGCGUUCGAGUGCGUGUGUGCCGCGGUGUUCGAGUAUAUGUAAUCAUAGUUCCAUAUCGGGCCGUUUUUUUUCGUGUCCACUGGCUCGUCGUGAUUUCCCAAGCAUAGCGACGGACGGAGACGUCAUCGUGCGUGUGGCUCGCUGCAUGUGUCCGACGACGACAUUUCUUGCGCUUGUUGCCAUAUACCACCAGUUGGAUGCUCUUGGGAUGCUGCAACAGGCUGACACGCUCGAAGGCCGUGAAUUUGCAUCGAACUGAACGCACCGCUAAAUGACAUGCAUCUGGAAGGCGGUGGUGAAGACGGGUUAUGAUUUUUGUUGAAUUUUAGAUAAGAUAGCAAACGCCAACGUCUUCGCACCGGAGGCCAGUCAAGAUGGGAUUCGAGUAUGAACUGCUACAACAGCAAGACUCAUCCGAACGCACACAGCCACCGGCCGGAUCGCGCCGGAAAGGCGGUUCGAAAUCCGCGUCCAGCAGCAAUCUGCGCUUCAGCUUCAUCUGUCUCGUUAUCAGUGCCUCGCUGCUCAUCUUCCUGGCCGGAGUGUACACCGAUUCGUUCCAUCCGAUCAUCGACGGGAUCGCCGGGAAGCUUGGCUACCAUGAGAAAAUCUAUGCCGUCGUGAUAGACGCCGGCUCGACCGGGAGCCGUGUGCUAGCGUUCGAGUUUCACCAUGGCUACCUCGAUGGACGGUUGGUGCUGGAUUACGAGCUGUUCGAGCAAUCGAAACCGGGCCUAUCUGCGUUCGCGGAUCGUCCGCAGGAAGGGGCAGCAAGCAUUGGUAAGCUGUUGGACCUCGCUAAAAAGGUUGUCCCACACGAUAAGCUGUCGCAGACACCGUUGGUGUUGAAGGCAACCGCUGGUUUGCGAUUGCUGAAACCUGCUCAAGCUGAAGCCCUUCUUGCGGCCUGCCGGGAACUGUUUAAAACGUCCGGAUUCCUUGUAAACGCGCAGGCAGUCGAAAUUAUGGACGGUACGGACGAGGGAAUCUUUUCCUGGUUUACGGUGAACUUCUUGCUGGGCAAACUGAACGGUCGAAACACGGUAGCAGCGCUGGAUCUCGGUGGAGGAAGCACACAGGUCACGUUCGCCCCGAAAGACGUAUCGCAAACGCCGCUGUACAAAGACUACAUGCACCGGGUGCCCACGUUCACCUCGUACGUUGAGGUGUUCACCAACAGCUAUCUCGGGGCCGGUUUGCACGCGAUACGGCACGCCGUAUUUACGCACCGGGCAGCCGAAAACCAAACUAAGCUGACGAGCGAAUGCGUCAAUCCCAUCAUACACGACAAACUGUUCCGCUACGGCACGGGCCAGUACUACAUCAGCGGAAAGGAUAAUCCGAAGGCGACGGCCGAAAACCCGGUGGUCGACUAUGAGCUGUGCGCGUCGAUUGUGAAGCAGAAGCUGCUGCCAACGCUCAAACCGAAACCGGUCACCCUGAAGCAGCAUGAAAUUUCCGCCUUCAGUUACUUCUUUGAUCGUGCCAUUGAGACGGGACUUGUUGAUCCAAUACAGGGCGGUGAGACGACGGUUGGUGAAUUCGUAACGAAGUCACGCGAAGUAUGCGCCGAAGCAAACGCAGAUCAACCGUUUAUGUGUGUCGAUUUGGUGUUUAUCUCCACGCUGCUCGAAGAAGGCUAUGGAUUGAAGGCAAAGACACCGCUGAAGCUGUACAAAAAGAUUGACGGCCAUGAAAUAUCGUGGGCCUUGGGCUGUGCGUACAACAUCUUGACGAGUCGCGAAAAUGCGAUGAAACAUAAAAAGUAAGAUUUUUCAGCCGAACGGUACUGAAACGACGUGACGUGAUUCCGCUAGCCAACUAUCGGAAUCGAAAGACGACCAUCAACAUCGGGCAAGAAGAUGCAAUCAGUAAACUAUUACCAGCCCGCCCGGUAAUAAACCGCCGGGCGCAGCGCAAACGAACGCCAACGAACGCAAUCGAAAUCGACUUAUCGUUCCGCGGAAGCAGGAACGACAUAGAGACAAUUUAAAGAAAAUGGGAUAUUAUAUAUUAAAUCUAUACCCAAAUAUACAGGGGAACUGAAGUUGCCACACGGAAGAGCAAAAGGUAUUGGUGAAAGCAGAGCAACGAAUAGGAUCCAUCCUUCCGUUUUGUUUCUCGUGUUUUUGUGGACGAAUUUUUAUACAAAGAUAAGAACACCGAAUCGAUUUUUAUUGUACCCCAGUAAUCACAACCACACAUGAAAUAAUGUCCCGCCGUUAUAGGAAAAAAAAGCAUACAAAAGACAGAAGUAUUUUUUUAUAUCAACUAGAGAACCCCAGCAAGACACAAGCAACAUAUUUAAAUGUGGGACUAUUUGCCAAAACAAAGCAUGCAACACGAAUGCGGCGACGGAUGGAUGCAUUUUUCCCGGUUGUCUUUACAGGGUGGAAAAUGGUUUUAGGGGAAUGAAAUAUGGGGUGGAAGACGCUUUUUACGACACAAGAAAAACUAAACCGUAACUAUAUCCAAGAUGUGCCUUUUUUUUCUAACAAAACUGACCGUAUCAGCAAAGGAAUCGAGCAAGAAGCGAUAAUGAAAUAGCGAGAAAUGGGGGAAACAAGAUUAGGGAAAUAGUAGAUACACCAUCACGACGAUAUAUCAUGAGUACACAAUAAUGCACCAACGUUUCCGUAAUUCCGUAGCCAUCAAUAGUUAUUUAACGUAGAGCCUGUAGCACCACGAGAAGCAAACGUAGGGAUGUGGAGUAGUUGAAGUUGAAGUACAGUAAGGCGCAAGAAGUAGUUGUAGUUGUACAAGAAGCAAAAGAGUAGUGAAAGCAAUCUAGCUGUUAGCAUACAUUAACUGCACUUACUUUUAUGCACCAAACUUCAAACAAAAUCACACCAAGCACUAAUCGUACUAUUUGUGUGUGUGUGUGUGUGCGUGUAAUUUACCUGUAUACCUUCUCCCUUGCGGUGGGUUCCAGUCGGCAAGAGUGUUUUUUUUGUAUCCUUUAUUUGUUGUUGAUGUUGUUGUUGUUGUUUGAAAGGUUUGGAACAAAGGAGCCAGGGAAUAAGAAAGCCUCUAGUGUAGCCCACCACCACCCAUUUUAGCUAGUGUGCAGCAUCAUAGUAGGCUGUGUGUAGAAAACGAAUAGCCAAUUACAUAUGCGUGUGAACGUGUGUACCGUAGCACAGCUAGAGCUGUGUGUGUGUGUGUGUGUGUGUGCGUGAAUCCUUAACACAUUCCCUCUCAUUUGAUCCCAUUCCCAUUUGUGACAGCCUCCUCGGAAAAUGUUUAUCUCGCGCACAUACUUACCACAAUCACUCGCGUAGUGACGACCGUACGUAGCACACAGUAUACACCGACGAUAGGGCUUCUUUAGAGCAAACAAGGCGCUAUUUCAUUAGAACGAUUUCGAAAACAGAAGGCAUAUAAUUUCACUGACCACAGGGUUUCAUUUGCUAACCGAUCACUGUAAGUGAGCAAAAAGUGUGAUAAAAGAUAGGGGAGAAAUGGAGCUGGAAACGAAGCGAAACACAAAUCAUUUCACUUACUUAUCUAAAAGUAAAGAAUUCACUAUCGUUUGUUGUGAGAAAGCAAUCAAUUUUCUAAACCAAGAUGCAUUGCCGUGCAUUCUACUUCUGCUUCUGCUACAUCCUUUUUGUUUUCAUGUAUUGUUUGUGCUUGUUUAACGGUUUUCUUUUGGCAAAUGUGCAAACGGAUGCAAUUACUAAUAAACACAAAAACCUCAGGAUGGUGGUGAGACACCAAACGCCAA